GUUGAUUUUAAUUAAUUAAUUAUUAUUUUCUUCCUUAUUCGUUUGCGUAUUUAUUAAUACUUGCUUCGUUCUCUCUUCCACAGAUGCGUCGUUCUGCUGCUGCAUCAUCGAAGAAGAAAUCGGAUUCAAUCACAUCUUCCACCACGGAUCUCUUUCGCUCAGGUUUGUGAUUUGUUAUGAUGACUACUUAUUGAUUAAAAAAAAUGGGUUCAGCUUCGAGUAAGGCGACGACUAAAGAGAUGGAUCGAAUAGACCAUUUGUUUAAUCAGUACGCCAACACUUCUUCCAAUCUCAUUGAUCCUGAAGGAAUAGAGGAGCUCUGUUCCAAUUUGGAAGUGCCUCAUACUGAUAUCAGAAUCUUGAUGCUUGCUUGGAAAAUGAAAUCUGAGAAACAAGGCUACUUUACACAGGAGGAGUGGAGAAGAGGCCUUAAGGCUUUGAGAGCUGAUACACUCAAUAAACUGAAGAAAGCCCUUCCCGAGCUUGAGAAAGAGGUUAGGAGGCAAUCAAAUUUUGCAGAUUUUUAUGCUUAUGCCUUCCGCUAUUGCUUAACAGAGGAAAAGCAGAAGAGCAUAGACAUUGAGACUAUAUGUCAACUCCUGGAGAUCGUCAUGGGAUCUACAUUCCGACCCCAAGUUGACUACUUUGUCGAGUAUUUAAAGAUCCAAGACGACUACAAAGUCAUAAACAUGGAUCAAUGGAUGGGCUUUUACAGGUUCUGCAAUGAGAUAAGUUUCCCGGAGAUGACGGAAUACAAUCCAGAGCUUGCAUGGCCAUUGGUUCUCGACAAUUUUGUUGAGUGGAUUCGUGAAAAACAAGCCUGAAAAGCGCUUUUACCUGUGUAUCCGUUUGGUGUUUGCAGGAUCGUUUGUCUCACAACAAACAGAUUCAAGCAGAAUUUUAUUUCAGUUUUCUUCAUAUUGUUUAAGAAAAAACACAUUAUAUGAUUUUUGUUACAUGUGAUUAACUUCAAUAGAGGGGAACACACUAUGUUUGAAAUACUAUACCCUAUAUCCAGUUUUUUUAGUAAACCAA